GGAGGCCGGGCGCCUCUCUUUGCGCAUGCGCGGGCGGGCAGCGCGGCCUUGCGCGAGUGUGUGCGGCGUCCUCGCGCGCGGCAGGACAUGGCGAAGAGCCUGAGGAGCAAAUGGAGGAGGAAGAUGCGGGCGGAGAAGAGGAAGAAGAACGCGCCCAAGGAGCUGGAGAGGCUGAAGAAGAUCCUGGGAACCAAAGCGGAUGUCAUCAUGGAGGAGGUCAAGGAGGUGGCCACCGUGCUGCCCCCCGAGAAGGUGCUGGAGCAGAGAGAUGACUGCAAAAUGGAGCUGGAUAAUAAACGAAACAAAAAAACUCUUCUAGACCAGCAUGGACAGUACCCAAUAUGGAUGAAUUCCAGGCAAAAAAAGAAGCUUAAGGCUCAACGUCUUAAAGGGAAAAAAAAAUCAAAAUUGGCCAAAGGCCUUGUUUGGUAAAAUCAGUUUUGUAAAAAUCAUGAAUAUUUUAUUUAACAAAAUAAAUUUUCCACAUAAGUUCAUGAGAUUCUGUGCUUCGUCACCGAGUGUAAUUUAUUGUGCUGAAUGAAUUUUUGAAGAGAUUAUUUGGCCAGCAAAUGAUGACAGGAAUAGCUGCCAGACUUAAAAAGUAAACUGAGUGCCUUUGAAUAGACUAAUUGCCUGUGGUUAUCUGUUUUCUUGGGGGGUGAGGGUCUUCAUCUUUUAUACUGUGAACACCAAAAACAGUAAAGGAAACUCUAAAAGUAAUGAAACCAAAUGUUUUUGUACUGUGGUCUUUGUCAGUGUAAGUUGUCUUUUAGUAAAUAUAACCAGAGGAUUCUGUAAACACACUGUAUGCUUUAAAUCUUUCUGUAAAAUUUGUUGCACUGACUUGUGUUACUUUUAAUGUCUGAUAAUUAACAAAAGUACAUUUUUAUAUGUAACCCAAAUAUUUUUAUGCUGAAACAAGACCAGGGUCUCAUGAAAAUUCUGCAAGUAAAAUGAGAAAGUGUCAGUCUGACAUAAGUUCACAAAGAGAACAAAUUAUUUCAUUGCUGUCUGCAGCAGAAAUAUUGUAGGAACUAAAUAAGUAAAAGUACAACCACUUCUUUUAUUAAUAAAAUGAGAGAAAGCAAAUGCACAGAAUGGAAAUAAAAUAGUAUUAUUUAAGAUCUUUUCCAAGUUUUAGUAAAGUAAAUGAGAAUUUUGUUUCCAUAUGUAUUUUCAGUAGCCUCUUACGCCUUUUAAAAUGGUACUUACCUAUCCUGCUUUACAAUGUGUGCAUAGGAUAAAAUAUUGCAUGAUUGUGUAACAGAUGCCAUUUAUGUGAUUAGCUACAUUUGGGUGCAUAUUACUUGGCAAUAACGUGAGAUGACAGAUGCAAGAGUUAGUUGCCCUGAAAGCUUGUGUUUUUAAAAUGUCUCUCAUUUCAAGGAUGGAAAUAAUUACAGUACCAGCGCUGUCAGUAUGUUGCCUUCCAAGUACCAUGCAUAGAUACAGGACAUAACCUUUGUCCAGCUUCAUGCAAGAUAAGAUCCAUGUUGUGUAAUUACACACAAAUUGUGAUUUGUGUCCAUUGUUAUAACUUGGGCAUAGGAAA